AUGAGACUAUGUAAAGCACUGCGGCAGAAUAGUGCCAAAUCUAGCCAAUUCAGAAUAAUUGCCCCGCGUUUGAAUUAUCGGCAUUUCGCAGAUGAUCGAGCUCAGCAUGGCAAUGGUCAACUUGCAAGCGAUCGAGACGAUGCCUUCAAAGUUCGCCCGGAAACCAAGACGGUGAAAACGGCUGUAGGCGAGCUGCCCCUAUCUCCCAUCAUGGACCCUACAUAUUGGGAGGCUGUUAGGCGGCACCAGGUUCCUAAAGCAAAGCCUGGAAAACCCCUGAAUUCAGUCGAGCGCCAACUUCGGGCUAAUCCGUUCGCCAAAGCUCUAGCGACAAAGCUACGAAUGUGCUCGUUGACUCGCACGCGGCUACCCAGUUCUCUUCUACAAGACUUUACUCUCCUCGCCCACCCCGAAACCGGUGAUCCAUGGUUCGUUCCAUAUAGUCUUAUACCCGACGAAUCUCCCGCUGGUGACGAAGCGGGCGUACAGGGUAUAGCAGAAGCCAUGAAUGAGGUAGAGCUCGAACAUGCAGAAAGGGACAAGGAUGUGGCUGCCACGACUACUGCCUCGACAAACAAUAGCCAACUACAAGGUCCGACUGUUUAUUGUUUAGCAAGACAGGAUCUAAUCUCCUCGAUUGCCGUGAAGGGGACUGGUUUCGAUCACGGCGCUAAGCGAAUGGCAGGAGCUAGUCCGCGGUACAGGAGUCUAACGAACAAAGUUGUCUGGCGCCAAGACAUGAAUAACUGCAUUCUAGACAUGAUGCGACAGCAGAUCGUGAAGGACAUCAUGUACCUCUCUGGGCUUUGCGCCGAGGAUAAGCGAUACUAUAUCGUGAAGUGCCAUGGUUGGGAUGACGUGCAAUACAAGCACAACGGCGCCAUACUUUGGUUCGGGGAGCCAGAUGAAGACGUGAAGGCGAGUCAGACUCACAGCCAACCCGGUCCGUUCGCCACAUUCCGUGUUCAGAAAAUAGAUAUUCAAGGAGAGACAUAUACCACAAGCGUCGCCGUGCACAAUAUACCUAUGCUUCUAGGGAGCAAGCAAGCGAAUCGUAUCAAAAAAGAGGCUUCCAGUCUGAAAGACGGUUCCAUCUUCAUGCUUGCCGGGCGGCGAACAACGAAUCUUCAGCUCAAACUUUGGAAGUUGCAGGGCUACCUGGCUGACUAUACGAAGACAAACUAA